GGAAAAACCGCUUAAUGUUUGCUAAUGGCGGACGCCGUCAACGAUCACCAUUAGAAACAGAAAUACCUCUCGCACCAAACUUGAACAGUUUGACAUUUUAUCCAAUUUUAUCGCAACUGAUCGUAAUUGUUGAACGAUAGUGAGCAGCGAGGAUGUCGGCGGACUUUUACAUACGCUACUACGUCGGCCACAAGGGCAAGUUCGGGCACGAGUUCCUGGAAUUUGAAUUCCGGCCGGAUGGCAAGCUACGCUACGCCAACAAUUCCAAUUACAAGAACGACACGAUGAUACGCAAGGAAGCGUACGUGCACCAGUGCGUGAUGGAGGAGCUUAAGCGCAUUAUUCAGGACUCUGAGAUCAUGCAGGAAGACGACUCGCUUUGGCCGCCGCCGGAUCGCGUUGGUCGCCAGGAACUGGAGAUCGUCAUCGGCGACGAACACAUAUCGUUCACCACCUCCAAGACCGGCUCCCUUCUAGACGUGAACCAAUCGCGUGACCCGGAGGGACUGCGAUGUUUCUACUAUCUUGUGCAAGACCUCAAAUGCUUGGUGUUCUCCUUGAUAGGACUGCAUUUCAAGAUCAAGCCCAUAUAGAUUGCACACUUCGUCCAAAGACUUCUGUAAUCCUCCCCCCUCUCCUCCCCUUUUCUCUAUUUUAAUAAAAUAUAUGUAGUUAUUUGUA